AAGCGCGGCCCCGCGACUCUUGCGGCGGGAGAGCGGCGGGGCAGAGAGCGUGACUCGCCUGCUCCAGUGCCAUCGGUUCCCGCUGCGCUUGCCGCCGCCGUCGCCGCGCAAACAUGUCGGAAGAGAAGCCCAAGGAGGGAGUGAAGACAGAGAAUGACCACAUCAACCUGAAAGUGGCGGGGCAGGAUGGCUCAGUGGUGCAGUUCAAGAUCAAGAGGCACACUCCACUGAGCAAGCUGAUGAAGGCCUACUGCGAGAGGCAGGGCUUGUCAAUGAGGCAGAUUCGAUUCCGGUUUGAUGGGCAACCAAUCAACGAAACAGACACUCCAGCCCAGCUGGAGAUGGAAGAUGAGGACACCAUUGAUGUAUUCCAGCAGCAGACGGGAGGAACAGCUUCCCCAGGGAACCGUCCCCACCCCAACCAUUGUCCUGACAUUUGCUAUUGAAUGGUGAACACACAGCCACGCCAAUCACGGAAGAGUCGGCAGAAGCCAGAGGCACUGGGCGAUUCUCCUUUUCCUAUGCUCUUGGAGAGAACUACAGACCACACUGCAGGGAUGAGAGUGUUAUGUAACUUGGCCAACAAGAGUGUGUGGUUUCGGGCAAAUGAGAUGUGAGGUUUUGGGGUUUGUUUUUUUCAUUUCUGUCUCCUCCCAUGCCUAAAAUGUUUUUUUCCUCCAGAACUUGGGGCUGGAUGUAGUCUCUCAGCCUGUGGCCUGACUCUACCCCUAGAACUGUGGUCACCACUGGUGUGACUUGUCCUAACCGAGUAGAGAGCUGGAGGUCACAUUAACCAGUGGCAUGCCUGUGGAUGCGGAGAGGGGGAGGGGCGGAAUUCCACCUAUUUGGUAGAGACAUAGAAUAUUAAAACGUGAAAUACUGUAAAAUUGAGCUCUGUCAAGCAAAUGGUAAAGGGAAAAGACCAAUGCUUCUUAAAGAUGUGAGGAGUGCUGUGUCCCAAGUACUCCUGCACAUGACUCCUCCCCCCUUGGUAUCUGGUACAUGGGUAACGUUGGUACAGUGAAACCCACUCUCUUCCAUUUUUAUAGUGAAGAAGAAAGUAAUUGCCAUGUCUCAUUUGGAAAUUGAAUGUGGCCUCAGAUUUCUUCUAGUACUUGGUUCCAAUACAUAAUUAUGGUUUCUGUAUAAGAAGGGUAAAUUGGUUAAGUAUCAAGUUUACAGCAAUGUUAUGUAAGAGACCUGCUUUACAGUGUGGUUGCAAAAGAGCCAGGGAAAGGUGACCUCAUUCUCACGGAUUAUGCUCUGCCGCUCUACAAAUGUGUAUUAAAGUGACGCAGCGGUGGGUGACUUCAGUUCUGCAUUGUGGGCUCUAUACCAGUUUAAAUGUUUGUAGUUCCUGCCUGUCAUUCUUCUGUAGGGAUCCAUUGCUGCUUGAUGGCCGUCUCUGCCUUUUAUAGUCACCUGACACUGACCUACCAUCUCUCGCUUGCUUAAAAUCCUGAGGAAAAUGUUCUUGUUUCCUGUUUUGCUGCGUGGGCCUGGGUGGGAUGACUGUUGGCUCUGUUGUGUGUACUCACCAGUUUGUACAUUAUUUGUUGUCCUUUACUACUGUAAACAGUAAAUAUAGUUUGGUAUUCUGUC